AUGGAGAGUAUAAACAAAAACGAAAAAGGCGCAAAGCGUUACGCGCGGAUCGGGGAUAUUCGCGAUUCCACCAAGGAUCUGAGGCAGUUGGAGGCGGCGCUGCGCGAGGCGUACGUGGCGAAGGAGUUGCGAGCUCAACUGCGCGAGGCGGAGGCUGAGCGACUCGGUGAACGAGCUCGAGACCGAGCUCAAGGCGAGGCGCUGCGGCGGUUAGCCGAGGAGGCGGCGAGGGCGUCAGAGACAGCGGCACGGAUCGAUAAAUCGGCGAGGAUCGGCUACGGUAUUGAGCUACGCGAGGCGGCAGAGGCGAGGGAGCGAAAGAGGGUCGCGAGCUACGAGCUCGAGCUGCGGGAGAGCCGGAUACUCGCUGAGGUUUCGCGAGCCGUGGAGGAGGCUCGUGAGGCGGAUAAAACGGCGGCGAAGCUCGAGCUCGCCGAGAGAACAGCGCGCGAGCUCCGCGUCUUCACCGAAGUCAGGGAAAUACGACGCAGUCAGGAGGCGGAGGCCGCGGCGAUGGAACGACGCAGAGAGCUCGAGUACGCAGCGGAGGUAGAGAGGAGGACCGAGGCAUUGCGCUUGGCUAGAAAUGAGCGCGAGCUCGCGCGAGCAGCGGUGAUUGAGGCCGUUGCGAAGAGCCUCUUAGAGGCGCGGGAUCGAAAGUUGGAGCGUCAAGAGCUCCUGGCUGAUAUUGUUGCCGAGGAACGGUGGCUCCUGGAGGAGGCGAGACUCCGCGAGGAAAAACAAAGGCGCAAGAGGGUCAGAGAGGAGGCUGCGGCCGAGCUCGAACGGCACAGGAUACUCGUCGAAGAACGGAGGUUGCGACACGCGAUUGAGGAGGAGGAAUUCGCCGCUGCUGUUAUGCGCCGCGUAAUGGAGGACGCCAGGGUUCAGAGACUAACCGUUGAGGCCAGGAGGCGGAUGCAGAUCGAGUACCGGCGCGGUCUUGAGCUCGUUAUCGAGGAGCGUAGGGCCAAACGAGCUCGUGAGGUGGUCAGACUUCAGGAAGAGCUUCGGCUCGAGAGGAUGCGAAAUGCUGCUAUUGAAAAAGGAGUCAAGGAGAUGCGGAGGAGGCUGCUUAUUCGUCACGCCGGUAACGUUGCCGAGUUUAUUGCCGACGGAGCUUUGAGCUCGGACGAGCGCGCCGUCGUUGCCGCGAUCAUUGACGCCGCCCCAAAAGAUGGAGAAAAGCCUGAUGCUUGA